GUGGAGUCAGGCAAGACGUGGGGCGCUGCCUACAGCCGACAGCUUGUUACGGUAUCACAGCGCUGUGUUUGAGUGACCUAUGGCGUCAUGACGCUGGGAUUGGUGACCUGCAUGACUGACCUCUAACCUCUGACCCUUCCUGUCGUUUGUAGUGCUGAGUAUCCGUGGCGCCCAGGAGGAGGAGCCUCCAGAUGCCCAGCUCAUGCGAUUGGACAACAUGUUGCUGGCGGAGGGCGUGUCUGGACCCGAGAAAGGGGGCGGUUCUGCAGCGGCUGCGGCUGCAGCUGCAGCCUCAGGAGGUGGGGCAGGAGUGGAUAACUCAGCGGAACACUCGGACUACAGAGCCAAGCUCUCUCAGAUCAGACAGAUCUACCACACAGAGCUGGAGAAAUACGAACAGGUAAGAAUGGACAGGAUAUAGUCACCCCUCAGAGAACUACUGUCUUUGGUGCCUUUUACCAUAAUCACAUACUCUAACCCUUUAACCCAAACGCACCAGCUCCACCCAUCACCAUUCCCAUCACAGUGAUUAUUUAUUAAACUAUGACUACCUGGAUAAUGAUGAGUGAGAAAGUUACAGAUGCACAAAUAUCAUACCCCCAAGACAUGUUAAACCUCUCACAAUUACAUUAACAGGGGAGGUUAGCAUUUUUGUGCGCCUGUAACUUUCUCACUUAUCAUUAUUCAGGGUUCAUUCAGAAUUGAUCCGUAAUCAUGGUAGCAUCCACAUUCAUGUAGAAGUGUUUAGAAACAUAUUCUAUUCUUAUUUACAAUAAAAGUGACUCCAAAGUGACACAGUACAUUAUUUACCAUUAAUUUCUAUUGGGCUCAAAAUAAUCUGAAACACAACCAAAACAAACAGCAAAUGCAUCCAACAAAUGUGUAGUCACAAGCUUGAUGUAAUCACUAGGUGCUAUGAAUAUGGGACCAAAUACUUAACUUUUGACUACUUUAAUACACAUACAAGUGAAUUUGUCCCAAUACUUUUGGUCCUCUAAAAUGCGGGGGACUAUGUACAAAAAGGGCUGUUAUUUCGCAACGGUUCACCCGAUAUGGAUGAAAAUACCCUCCAAUUAAAGUGGACAGUCUGCAAUUUAACCUCAUAGUCAUUGUAUCAUUUCAAAUCCAAAGUGCUGGAAUACAGAGCCAAACAUAAUAAUAAUAUGUCACUGUCCCAAUACCUUUGAAGCUCACUGUACAGUGAGGGAAAAAAGUAUUUGAUCCCCUGAUGAUUUUGUACGUUUGCCCACUGACAAAGACAUGAUCAGUCUAUAAUUUUAAUGGUAGGUUUAUUUGAACAGUGAGAGACAGAAUAACAACAACAAAAUCCAGAAAAAUGUAUGUAAAAAUGUUAUAAAUUGAUUUGCAUUUUAAUGAGGGAAAUAAGUAUUUGACCCCUCUGCAAAACAUGACUUAGUACUUGGUGGCAAAACCCUUGUUGGCUAUCACAGAGUUCAGACGUUUCUUGUAGUUGGCCACCAUUUACAUUUAAGUCAUUUAGCAGACGCUCUUAUCCAGAGCGACUUACAGUUAGUGAGUGCAUACAUUAUGUUUUACAUACAGGCCCCCCGUGGGAAUCGAACCCACAACCCUGGCGUUGCAAACGCCAUGCUCUACCAACUGAGCUACAUCCCUGCCGGCCAUUCCCUCCCCUACCCUGGACCAAUUGUGCGCCACCCCAUGGGUCUCCCGGUCGUGGCCAGCUACGACAGAGCCUGGAUUCGAACCAGGAUCUCUAGACCACUGCGCCACUCAGGAGCCACCAGGUUUGCACACAUCUCAGGAGGGAUUUUGUCCCACUCCUCUUUGCAGAUCUACUCCAAGUAAUUAAGGUUUCGAGGCUGACGUUUGGCAACUCGAACCUUCAGCUGCCUCCACAGAUUUUCUAUGGGAUUAAGGUCUGGAGACUGGUGCUUCUUCUUGAGCCACUCCUUUGUUGCCUUGGCCGUGUGUUUUGGGUCAUUGUCAUGCUGGAAUACCCAUCCACGACCCAUUUUCAAUGCCCUGGCUGAGGGAAGGAGGUUUCACCCAAUAUUUGAUGGUACAUGGCCUCGUCCAUCGUCCCUUUGAUGCGGUGAAGUUGUCCUGUCCCCUUAGCAGAAAAACACCCCCAAAGCAUAAUGUUUCCACCUCCAUGUUUGAUGGUGGGGAUGGUGUUCUUGAGGUCAUAGGCAGCAUUCCUCCUCCUCCAAACACGGCGAGUUGAGUUGAUGGCAAAGAGCUCGAUUUUGGUCUCAUCUGACCACAACACUUUCACCCAGUUCUCCUCUGAAUCAUUCAGAUGUUCAUUGGCAAAGUUCAGACGGGCCUGUAUAUGUGCUUUCUUGAGCAGGGGGACCUUGCGGGCGCUGCAGGAUUUCAGUCCUUCACGGCGUGGUGUGUUACCAAUUGUUUUCUUGGUAACUAUGGUGUCAGCUGCCUUGAGAUCAUUGACAAGAUACUCCCGUGUAGUUCUGGGCUGAUUCCUCACCGUUCUCAUGAUCAUUGCAACUCCACGAGGUGAGAUCUUGCAUGGAGCCCCAGGCCGAGGGAGAUUGACAGUUAUUUUUUGUUUCUUCCAUUUGCGAAUAAUCACACCAACUGUUGUCACCUUCUCACCAAGCUGCUUGGCGAUGGUCUUGUAGCCCAUUCCAGCCUUGUGUAGGUCUACAAUCUUGUCCCUGACAUCCUUGGAGAGCUCUUUGGUCUUGGCCAUGGUGGAGAGUUUCGAAUCUGAUUGAUUGCUUCUGUGGACAGGUGUCUUUUAUAUAGGUAACAAGCUGAGAUUAGGAGCACUCCCUUUACGAGUGUGCUCCUAAUCUCAGCUCGUUACCUGUAUAAAAGACACCUGGGAGCCAGAAAUCUUUCUGGUUGAGAGGGGGUCAAAUACUUAUUUCCCUCAUUAAAAUGCAAAUCAAUUUAUAACAUUUCUGACAUGCGUUUUUCUGGAUUUUUGUGUUGUUAUUCUGUCUCUCACUGUUCAAAUAAACCUACCAUUAAAAUUAUAGACUGAUCAUGUCUUUGUCAGUGGGCAAAUGUACACAAUCAGCAGGGGAUCAAAUACUUUUUUCCCUCACUGUAUAUGCCAUUUAGCAGACACUUUUAUCCAAAACGACAUACAUUUUACAUAUGGGUGGUCCUGGGAAUCAAACCCACGAUCCUGGCAUACAAGCAUCAUGCUCUAACAACUGAGCCAUAUAUUUUUUUAGAUUUACAUACCAAUGGAAGGAGACUUUCUACAUUUAUGGCAUCCAUCUAAAGAUGUGAAAAAAAUAUUUGACUGAUUUUCUCUCAUCUCCAUUGCAUCCCUAUGUAAUGUGCAGUUUCCUUCUCUUCUCCUCCAUGUCAUUAUCUACCAUGCCAAUAAAUCAGAGUGGAUUUUACUGCAUAACGUUGUCUACUUUCUAACCAAUAUACACACAGUCAAAUUUUAAGGCCCUGACUGGCUGGAAUGAAUGCAUGCCCUGUUUGAUGAAAUGCAAAUGUAUUUUCCGUAUAGUCCCAGACAUUGCUUACAUUUUUGUUUAUAUAAAAAAGCAAAGCCAGUGUUGUGAUGUUAGUCUAGUCUGUAGACAGGGUUCAGUGUUGUGAUGUUAGUCUAGUCUGUAGACAUGGUUCAGUGUUGUGAUGUUAGUCUAGUCUGUAGACAGGGUUGCCAUCCUGAAACACACAUACAGUGGAGUAGGGUAAAGUUGCCUCUAGACGCUGAUCUUGGGUCGGUUUUGCAUUGUUCCCACUAAUGGUUAAGUUUAGGAUUGGAGAAGGGGAAGCUGAUCCUAGAUCUGUACCUAGGGGAAACUUCACCCCGGAGCCAUAUACAAUUGGCAGGGCUGUAGCAGUCGGGAGUAGUGUGGAAAACAGUCCUGUGACUAUGCCACCAUUACAUGCUGACAAUGUGCUAUAUAAUUAUAUAUAAUAUGUAAUAUAUAUGUAAUAUACUGUAUUUAAGAUGGUAUCCCAGUGCGGAUGGAGGGGGGAGAGUUACACAGGGAGUCAUGGCAACGGAAACAAGGUACUCCUCCACUGCAGACCACUGCCCUACCAUACACUAUAUAGAGAGAUAAUAUAUUUUAUAGUCAUAAUAUCAUUAGUUAAUAACAUUAUUUUACUUUGGUUAGGUUGUUUAACAAAUAGACACACUUUGGGAUGUGUUGAAUCAAGGACAUUUCUCACAUCUGACGAGUAUUUAUAAAGCUUGGUUAGUAACUAAAUCUAAUGUGAACUUGGCUCCAGUGUUUUUAUUUACAACCCAGAGCUUUCAAACCCAGCAUUUUAUACCACGCUUCCCUCCCUUACAAUCUCAGUGAUAGGGAACAGACCUUCACUGUCAGGUUCAGGAUUAGGAACUGGAUGGCAACCCAGUCUUUUAAAGCAGUAGUGUUGCUUACGGAGAAAAAAUACUAUAACUCACUUAUAAUUUAUUACCACAAUUUAGUAGUGAUUUAACAGGUUUUUUAUUUAUAAUUUUUCUAUAUAUUUAAUUAUGUAUAUAUGUUCAUUUGUAAUUUAUGCUAUGUCUGCUCGCUUUAGAUGCUUCCAGUAGAAUCAUAAGCAGUACAUUGCACUAUACCAUGUUUGCAUGUAUUUUGUUUCAGAUAAGGCCCACAUACACAAGAACCAGGAUAUACGUUUCUGUGCUUGGUCUGUGUGUGUGUGUUAACCAAUGUUGUUAUGAUGACAUUAUGUCUAUAGUCUAUCUGGGGCUGUACCAGAUGGCUUCACUGUCAUCCCCAUGCAUCACUGUAUGACACUAACCGCAUGACCACUCUGCACCUUACCUCUCAUAUCAUCCCCACCUAUUCACUGUCAUUUACAUUCGUUGUACAAACAUUUUUGUAUUGUUGUCCUUUGUCUUGUUACUGUCUCUCUUCAUUCACAUCCUUCUGCUUUGAUAACUAUUGCUUUCAUGUCAGUAAAGGCCCUUUGAGAUGCGUGUGAAUAUGACAGACAUAUUGAAGUGACAGGGAGAGAGAGAAAGAGAAAGUGAGUGAGAGAAUUAGAAGGAGAAAGAGAACAAGAAAAUACUGGGAGAGAGACAGGGAAAGAGGGAGAGAGAGAACAAGAAAGAGUUCGAGAGGAAGAGAAAAAGAUGGGGAGAGAAAGAGGGAGAGAGACAGAGGCAUACUGUAAUAUCAUGUCAGGUUCACGCCUGGUGCCACACAGGAGGGUGAGUGUAUCAUCAUGGCAUGUUGAUCUCUCAACCCGCUCAGCUGCGACUCUACUGCGGUGAGAAGAGAAGGUUUGCUGCUCGUCAGCAGGGACUAGCAGCUGUCAUUUCUCCAUGUCUCCUUUCUGAAAAACGACACUUACAGUUGCCAUUGCCACUUCUGUUUAAUAUAAAAAAUAUCACCACUUAUUUUCCUCCUUGGCUUCACAACAUGGAAGCAUUCCCAGAACUAAAUACAUUAAACACCUCUUGAUUUGCAUCUAAUUUUUCCUUUCUGUCUUUGUGCAAGACCUUGAUUGAUAUAGAGUACCAUACAGUAUAUUUUUGCGCUGUACGCAAACACUGCUUUAGUCUAAUGCUAGAGGACACCACCCAGCCUGGCAAUAGCCAUAUAGUAUGUCACCAUCAUCAUGGUGUGGCUGCUAUCAAAACUCUCACCAACAACAUUUAUUUUGUCAUCAAGAUUGAUGAAAACUGAUGUCACUCUGGAUAAGAGUGUCUGCUAAAUGACUAAAAUGUAAAUGUAACAAACCAGAUUGCUCUAUCUAUCUGAUCCCCUUCUCUGUCUUUGUCUGUUUUCCCCCCCUCUGCAGGCUUGUAACGAGUUCACUACCCAUGUGAUGAACCUGCUGAGGGAGCAGAGUCGCACGCGGCCCAUCUCUCCCAAGGAGAUAGAACGCAUGGUGGGGAUCAUCCACCGCAAGUUCAGCUCCAUCCAGAUGCAGCUCAAACAGAGCACCUGCGAAGCCGUCAUGAUCCUGCGCUCACGCUUCCUCGACGCCAGGUGUGUGUCUGUGUGUGUGCCUACAGCGGUACAAAUUACCAUAUACAAAGUCACUGUACCACUGCAAUGUUUUGUUGACUUGCAUAGCUAGCUACAGUAUUUGCCUACCUGUAACUGCAUUAUUCACAUAAGGUGCUUUUACAGUCAUGUUCACAGCAUGUUACUCUACAGCUUACCACCAUUCUAUACAACAUCAUCAAAACUGAUCUUCCAAAAUCAACCAAAGCUUUGUGCCUACAUACAGUACAUCUAUGGGUGCCAUUUGGACCAGCACAUACAUGGCUGCUUGGCCACUGACAAUUCUCUCCUCUCUCCAGGCUCCAUAACGCUAAAUAUUUCCCUUUUUUAAUAUAAUCCCUUGUUCCUUUUGAUGCAUGUUUUGGAUUUGCAUACAUUUCUCUGAGGAUAAAUCUCACUCUGAGUCGGAAGCAUAACAUUUAAAUUAGGCUUGUGCUCUUCUCACAAAGCUCCCCCUCUAUUAUUUUGCAAAUGAUUGUGGCUGUGGUGCAGGGAGGGAGGCAGGGGAAGGAGGGAAGGGCUUUCAGUUAGAGUGAGAGAGAGAGAGAGAGAGAGAGAGAGAGAGAGAGAGAGAGAGAGAGAGAGAGAGAGAGAGAGAGAGAGAGAGAGAGAGAGAGAGAGAGAGACUGCCUCCCAACCAGUCUCAGCUUUACUGAUUACUCUGCAGCCUGCCCUAGCACCAUGCUGUGCACAUUUACAUAUUCUCAAGCAGGCUUUUGGAGUGCGGGACGAAGAUUUCAGCACAAAUCUCUUUCACCAGUCAAUCGAUACGAUGCAUGGAAGCAAGCAUUUUACAGGGUUCCCUACCUAGCUUAUGUAAAGCCCUCUCAUGAGUUGUGGCACAUGCAGACUUAACCUGAUAGAGGGUGGAGAUGGGGAAGGAGGAAGAGAUGGAGGGGUCAGUGAACUGAACUAGCAUCAGCGCAUGCUUACAGCACGUUUUCUAUCCUUUAAUAAGGAAGGGCAGUGUUCUGUUGUUUGUCAGGAUUUGCAGGCAGUGUUCAUUUCUAUUAGUGAACCUCCACAAAGAAAACAUAUUUCAUACCAGCUUAGGCAGCUGUAUUGAAUGGGGUGGCAGUUGUAUGGAAGGUAUUGGAUCGAAUUGGGUGGUAGUUGUAUUGUUACUUUAUGAGGUGCCCCAGUUUUGCCUGUUUACCGCAAGUGGCUUUGACACAUUUACUCUAUGUAGGCUUCAGAUUUGUAUAUGCUUUGACCGGGCGGUAUUAACUGUAUCUAUUUUACAUAGUGUUUAUUCUGGUCCUAACUAACCAAUUUAUAUAAUUCUCCUUGCAGACGGAAAAGAAGGAACUUCAACAAACAGGCGACAGAGAUCCUGAAUGAGUACUUCUACUCACACCUGUCUAACCCCUACCCUAGUGAAGAGGCCAAGGAAGAGCUGGCCAAGAAGUGCUCCAUCACAGUUUCACAGGUACAGUAUAGUACAGUGCCACCUGUCUUCAGGAAGGCCACAGUACAUGUAGAACAGGACUAGAGGCAGUAGUGGAUAAUGUAAAAGGGCAUUGUUAUCAUUUUCACAAUUUCACAGUAUUAUUCCAACCUCAUAGUGUGGAAAGAUAUAUUCAAAACUGGAAAAUCAGGUUUUUGACUGCACUGGGCCUUCAAGAUAUGAAGAUUACAUUAUUUUCUUCAUUCAUAGGCUACAUCGCAGGGACUAAAUUAAUAGUGUAAUAUGAUGAUUGAUAAUGUUAUUAAGAAUGCACUAACAAUAAAGGUAAACAGCAGUAAUGUCAUGUGUUUCACGUCCAUCAUCUCCUCAAACGGUUUCAUUAAGUUUAUACCAAAUUAUUUUGAGGAUGCAUCUGGGCGUUGAUUGAUGAAAACAACGGGCUUCAGUGUCUGAAUGAUUAGUUGAGCAUCUGUCUGUGCCCCAAAUUGCACCCUUUUCCCUAUAUAGUUCGCUACUUUUGACCAGAGCCCUUUUUGACCAGCUCCCGUAGAGAAUGGAGUGGCAUUUGGGACUCAUCCUAUGCGUUCCUGGGUCUAUAAUAAGAUAACAUGUUUACCUACCUUCUCUCUGCAUUUGUUCAAACUUAGCAACAGGAUUGAUUUCGUUUUUAUUUUAAUAUUGUUUAUCAUUAGCACUAGCUGGCUUAUCCUGGUAGCUUCAUCGGGGAGUCCAUUAGCUGUAAUGGGUGUUAGAUAGCGGAUGUUGACUGAUUGGUGCUAGCGUGAGCUCUGAUGAUAGCUGCAGUCAUACUGACAUAAUGAGACUGUUGUUGGCAAUCAUUCCCUUCUGCCACUAAUGUGGAUUCACAGCACCGGUCUAUGUAGCGAGUGGUAGCGCUCACUACUACCUCAAAGGCUGUGUCCCAAAUGGCACCCUAUUCCCUAUGUACUGCACUACCUUUGACCAGGGCCCAUAGGGCUCUGGUUAAAAGUAGUGCACUACAAUGGGAAUAGGGUGCCAUUUGGGACGCAGAAAAAGUCUUUCUUCAGUGUCAGAUAGGAUAUGCCAGACAGUGGAGGGCCAUGCAUGCAGAACUCAUUCUGAUUCUGAUUUCACACUCACAAUUUGCUCAUUAGAAAUGUGGGAAAUGAUUUGUGUAACAUUAACAUUGUGUAAGCAUUUACAAUUUGCACGUUGUUUGUACAGGUUUCCAACUGGUUCGGAAACAAACGAAUCAGAUACAAGAAAAACAUUGGAAAGUUCCAGGAAGAAGCCAACAUGUACGCUGCCAAAACUGCCGUGAACGCGACCAACGUUUCCUCACACGGAAGCCAGGCUAACUCACCCUCCACUCCAAAUUCUGCAGGUGAGACUAAAGAACAAUACCAAUGGGUUACCCUUUUACAGAUAGGCUACAAUAUUUGGAAGGCUCUGAAUACACUCUAUAUCAGUCAAGGGCAUUUUUCUAUGCUCAAGUCAAAAGGAAAAAAUGAAAAAUGGCUUUGUCCAAGAGUAGGAUACCAGGACCCCAUAUCAAGUCUCCCAGUGCUUUCUUCCCUGUUGUCUUCUUUUCAAUUAACACACAUUUUCUUGUACUUUAUCUCAAUACAGAACAUUUUAUUUGUGUUGUACCAGUUGAAUUUACUGAAUUCAUUAAUCUUCAUUAAUACUUUGACUGUAGAACCAUACUAUCAUUCUACUUUCAUGUUGACAAAUAGGCACAACAGCACAUCUGACGGCUGUACUCGACUUCCCACAGCUUUAUGCUGCCAUUCUGUAAUCUGUCUGCUCGCUCUGGCCCUAACCCUAACUCUAGCUCUAUUUCUAACAUUUUCUCUAGCGCUAACUGCAUUUGUUUGGCUGCUAACACUUUGCAUGGUGCUUCUCCGGGUCUAACCCUGGACGGGGCCAAGUGGCUGAAUCCUGCUCUGCUUGCUCCUAUUUCUCUCUGCUCUGUGAUUCCAGUGCUCCCUCUCUCCUCUUCCAGGUUCUGCUGGAUCUUUUAACAUGUCAAACUCCGGUGACUUGUUCAUGAGCGUGCAGUCUCUCAAUGGGGACUCGUACCAAGGGGCUCAGGUGGGAGCCAACGUGCAGUCACAGGUAGGGCCCUAUAACUAAGCAGUGCAGAAGAUACUACUAUAGGAACAGACCCACCUCCCUAAGAAUAGGCCUUGUAAUCUAUCCUAAACGCACCAGAGGCAUCUCAGUACUCCUCCAGUGUCUACAUCCCCAUGGGCCGAUAAUAGCACCACACCAUAGGGUUUUCAAAAGUAUCGUUUUCCACCAUUGUUACUAAAACAUUACAGUGAGUGUAAUGAUGAAAUAAUUCAGUGCUCUCUGCAGCUAUUAUUAAUUCAUCCUUUCGACAGUCUUCUAAAUACGUAAUAACAUGUUUUGCUUAUCUUGCUUUUUAUUGUCCAUGGCUGGAUGUAUUUCCUGUGUGUUUUCUCUGCCUUUACUGUAUAGUUCUUCCUUCUUGUUUUUGUCUUGCAGUGUUUAUCUUCUGUUCUCUGACCUUGCUUUGUUUGUGUUCCUCUGUUGUGUUUUCAGGUGGAUACCCUUCGCCAUGUUAUCAGUCAGACAGGCGGAUACAGUGAGGGCCUCACAGCCAGCCAGAUGUACAGUCCGCAGGGCAUCAAUGUAAGGAGAGAAAACCACAAGCUUUUUUUGCUUUCUCUUCCCCUACCAAUUAUUUCAAAGCCAUAGGGCUCAGAAUGCCACUUAGUAGGACUUGUCUCAGCUCCAACACAGUCACCUAGUUGAUUGCUUCUGUAUCGGUCGCGCCACAGGCAGAACGCCAGAACGGCGUGGGGCCGGCCACACACACACACGGAGUGGCCGCCUGAGCCUGUCAUGUCCAAUCAGCUCUCCCGUAGCACCUGCAGCCAAUCACGGCCAUAAGGCCGUGCAGGAAUGGCACAAACAGGUGACACAUCCUUUGACGCGUGGAUCGGACGCCCCCAACACCCCCACUAACCACCUGACCCUUAUUAUCACAGCGGAUCGCAAGGCCCUGUUAAAACCCUAUCAGAACAACCCCAGAGUAGAGUCACAUUAAAAAUAAAACUAGCCAAACUGCUAGCCCCUAGAUAGAGCACUGAGGGGCAUAACAUGGGGGCGUAUUUCCACCAUGUUAUAUUUUUUUCUUAUUUUAUAGGGGAUGGGGGUGGGGGGUUUGGGUUUGGGGGAAUGUGUGUUUGUUUUGGGUGAGGGGAGAGGAGGGGAGGAUGGGGGGGGGGUUAGCUGGCGGCUGCAAACAGCAGGGAAAUUCACAGCGACAAGCCGUGUCGUAAAAGGGAAAAUCAAUAAGACAGACACAAGGAGAGCGGAGUGUGGACUUGGGACAGCAAUCCAAGCGCAUUGCUCAGAUCAUGCUCCCGCCACACUAAUGGCCCUGACAGCGAGCCGAGGCAGUGUGGGUCGGUGAGAGCUACGACGAGAGAGGACGGUCACAGUCACACACAGCCACACGGCUAGGCUUCUGGCUUCCUCUCCCGUCCCUACGCCUCGCUCGUCGUGCAUCAAUGGCCAUAUGAUAAUGAGAUGAAAUGCCUCCUGUAAAAAAUGUUGGGGUAUGUAGUGUGUAUUCAAAUCCCCCCUCCUUUCCCGGCUUGCUCUCCACUCAUCUCCCUCCCACAGAACAGGCUGUGAUAACCCUGAGAGAGCACUACUAACGUGUUCAAUCCCUGUUCUUAGACAGCACUCUGACCUCAUGGAUAUGGUUAUCCUUGGACCCCUUGCUUGCUGUACCACGUCCUAAAAUGCCACAAUAUUCUCUUUCAUAGCUUUUAAAGAACCCUCUUACUGCAUAAUAAGAGAAGGAUAUAAUGUUAUCUGUAUGGUAAGCUGUUAUAACCAGUGAUGUUUGGAAUAAAAAUGUAAGAGCAGACAAGGCCUACAUUGUUUUCCGUUAAAAAAAAUCUAUACAAUAUCACAUACAAAUAUGGUUCCCCAUUUUUAAUGUAGGAUUCGGGGAGAUAUAAUACAUGUAAUCAUAUCUUACAGAAAUAAUUUCUACAUUUUAGUAUUCUGGAGUGGGGUUGAUUACUAGUUUAUUUCCUUGCCUCUGCAGCAUUUUACUGCAAUAGUAUUUGUUAGAAAUUUCACAAUUUGUUUACUUCAUAUUCAUCAUCUCCAGCACCACCCCAACAUCAACAUAUGUGAAAAUUGCGCGUUUCUAUGUUUUGUAUUAAAAAAGAUAGAGGAAGAUAAGUGUUUCCAAUGACAUCAUCAAUCAAUUAAUAGGCAAUUAGUAGGCAAUGCCUACUCAUAAUUGGCUAACAUCACACGAUGCACACCGAUGAUGUCAUUGGAAACACUUAUCUUCCUCUAUCUUUUUUAAUACAAAACAUAGAAACGUGCAAUUUUCACAUAUGUUGAUGUUGGGGUGGUGCUGGAGAUGAUGAAUAUGAAGUUGAAAGAUUGUGAAAUUUGAUACCCCAGUAUCAAACCUAUUCACAAAGCAAAGCCCAGGAAAGCUGUCUGCUUAGAAACAGUGUAUCAACGAGUAUGUCCUAUCUGUGAAACGAUGAGAAGACUCCCGUCUCUCUGUGUUGAUAAUGACUGAGCAGUUACAUAAUGGGUUUUCUGGUAGGCUAGGGCAGUAAUUACAGUUUGGAAAAGACAGAGAGAGUGUCACCAAAGUCAGACAUUUUAAGAUGUUUCUUUUUCCUCCAUUUUUGAUUACAGACUUUCUUCUGGCUGAAAUAACAGGCUUUGAAAUGAAAGGCUGUCAAGGACCAUUUCCAGUUUUUCUGAUGGCAUGAAAUUUGCUAUUAAUAUCCCAAAGCUCUUUAGCAGGCCUGUCUCCGGGAUUGGAAAUGGCUUACGCGUCUCUCAUUGUGUUUUCAUUCAAUCUCCCAAUGUCACAAUUGGCGACCAUUGAUUCCUUUUAUGACUGUUUCGUGACUUUGGUUUUAAGGUCCUUUUAAGACGUUGCCACUGUUAUUAUGUGUGUCAUUGAAUGUAACAGGCAUUUAUCUCAACCCCAGUGAUACAAGAAUGCAGUAUUGGUUUUGAAGUGAAGACAAAAUUGUCUUCAUUAUAGAAAUUUGAGCAUACUGCAUGUGAUCUGAAAGGUAUAUGUGUGGUUUACAGAAUUUUCAGUUGCUUCAAACAAGUAGCAUUUUUGUGACAAUUCUGUUCUGAAAUAUGAGGUCUAGGUUACUGUAAUUUGAGUGAAUCAGAUGUUCUUCCAAUUUGGCUUGAGGCUUUAGUGGAAUGUAGGUUUCGUUGUUUAAGGGUCGUUCUAGCAUUAGUAAAGCUCAUACCGUAGCUACUACAUGUGUCCUCAGGACUUCACAGAUACGGCAUUCAAUACUGCAGAUAAGAUGAUAUUAUAAACCUAUUGAACUGUAUAAUGAAUAUGUACUCUGAAAGAGAAGAGAAAAAGAAGAAGCAAAGACAUAGAAAACCUAUGUUAUGGCUAUAAUUAGUGUCCUAUACCUGUGCUCAUAUUUCAUCUCUCCUCCUGUCUCUCCUGUCUCUCUCUCAGGCAAACGGAGGCUGGCAGGAUGCUACCACCCCCUCGUCAGUGACAUCACCCACAGAAGGACCCGGAAGUGUUCACUCGGACACGUCCAACUGA